AUGGAAAAAACAUCUUCAUAUGCUCAAUAUGCAACAAUUGAAGAGAUCCUUCGAGGCGGAUACGCACGACAACUGGUUCGUAUCCUCGGAACUCUUGAGAAAAUCGAAAUUCAAAACAGAACAGCACUUGUUGAAAGUAAUAAUUCACAAAUAGAAUGCCAAAUACCAGAAGAAUUCCUCUCAAAUAUAUCAUCCGGAAUGUAUAUACAAGUAUAUGGGGAAGUAAUUCCAAGUGUUCCAAAUCCCAAAAUAUUAGCAAGGAUUGUCAGACAAAUGAAUACAAUCGACGAAGAAUCAUAUAAUUUUGCAGUCAAUGUUUUUCAGAAAUAUGUUUAUCCUUCAAAAUAA